CUCAGUCGCAUGCAAGAGUGCCCGACGACGACUACGCCGCCAUGCGGGUUCUGUGGGCGCUGCUACUGGUGCUGUUCGCCGGCUCGGUGAGGCUGCAGGACACGUACUGCUUCCGCUUCACGUGGCUGGGCCCCACGUGGGACAACAGCAGCGAGCUGGGCAACAUGACGUGCAAGGACCUCAACCUGAUGGCGCCGUGCACCAACCCGCUGGUCAUCACAGUGGACCGCACGCCGCCGAACAUGACGUACAUGUGGUACACCUAUGAGCGGUCCCAAGUAGCCUGCAAACUCGCCAGGGGCCAGGUCUGCCUCAAGUACGCCUACUACUACAACGACCAGCUUGAGAAUGUAACAUACUUGUGCGGCAAGAUGACGCUGGACGGCAACGCAGUGACCUCGGGCUGCGAAUGGACGACCAAGGGCGCGUACCGCACCGAAGCGUGCGCCUGCACCUCCUACAGCUCCACAGGAAUGCCUUGCAACUCGUCCACAGCGCUCUCCGGGCAGCACUUCGUGGCGCUGCUAGUAGUUGCGUUCGCUGCCGUCUUGGCGGCGCUACCUGCUGCAUCCCUUUUCUGCAGUGCAUAACAGAUGGCGCAGCAGCCACCUCGACAGCAGUGUCGCCUUUCCGCUGGAACUCCGUCGCUUGCAGUAAUUCAAGCCAAUGCGCAUCAACCAUCAAUUUAUGGGAGACAGAGGGACGAUACACGCAAUAUAAUUUUGAAACUUUGUCAAUAAAGCUACAACGUACCAGAAUAACUGUCCACACCCAAUACAGUUAUUUCACGACUGUUAGUCAGGGUCCAUAAUGUACAUACUUGUCAUAAACAUACUAAUUAAUAAUAAUUUAUUUGUUUACUCGUAGUGAAAUUUUAAUUUACCACGCCAUUUUGACUAAUAACUUUUCACUAGUAUUUACUUAUUAUAUUGUUAUAUGAACAGAUGCAUCAACACGCUCUGCAAAAAGAAACGUGACUAAUACACAUUUCAUAAAUUGCUUCACUUUCGUUUCAUUUAGAGAAUUAGAAAAUAAGAUCUUACAAAGAUACCUUCAAAUUAUAUUUUUUCUGCAAACAGUCCUCAUUCUGACAAGGAAUCAAUUGUAACAGAAGAAAAAGCAAAACAAAAAGAAAAAUUCUCUUAGUUACAUAACUCAACUCUUUUCUUAGUUUCCUAUAGAUUCAUCACAACACUGCAAAGGUAUUAAUUAAUAUAUUUGUUGUCAGCAAGUGACAGGUGUGAAUUUUUUGUCAAGUAAUAAAGCAUGGAAGGUGUACAGGUACACAUGUUACUAAGUUUGAAGGAAUAUCAUUGAAGCUAUUUUCAAUACAGUAGAACCGCAUUUGUGUUGCGCAUCACAGCUGUGACACUCGGAACUCUUUGAACCUUCACGAAAGGCAAAACUGAACAUGAGAACCUGAGGUAAUGAAUCCCUACUCAGGAACGCAAAGUAUUUGCUCUUACCCUGUUUGUUGCCCCUUGCUGUCAUGGGGACUAAAGAAAAUAGAUAUGUAUUACUAUUACAAAUACAGGUACAAAUACAAAUGUUUUACUUCAGCUAUGAACAAUCUUUAGAUGCAGUCGGUGUCGUCAAAGUUAACACAAUAAUAAUAACAAUUACAAUAAUACAAACUUCGACAGAUGUUAUUAUGUACAAGAAACUAAUGCAUGAUGGAUACCCAGUAUAUAUAAGUAAAUAACAAUAAAAAUGAAAGUUUCCUAUUAGAGCAAUUACAAGGUAAAUGAAACACGCAGUUGACUGAAUGACAAACAUAAGAAAUAAUUAUACAGAUAAAUGACAAUAAGUACCUACAUAAAACAGGAAUAAAGUAGUUACAUAGCAUGGCAUGUAUAAAGUUUGUUGUUCAUUCUCAUAAGAAAUGUGGGCCAUUUGUCACACACUCAGGGAACUGUUGAACAGAGUAAACUCCUUUACCUUUCAUCCAGCUCAAAAGACUAACGCUAAACUUAUUUACUGGCACUGUGUAGACAUUUUCAGGUAAUUUGUUGAAUUAGACAGGACCAAGAUAUUUGUGACUGUUAUUGCCAUGGGGCCGUCUGUCAAACGGUAUAUUCUAAGUAACAUUGAAGAACGCAAUUAGAAGGUGCACAGCUACUAGUUUUCCAUAUUGUUUUUUGAUUUUGUUUUUUUUUUAAGAAAAGAAAGAAAAUUUGCUUAGUACUUUUCCAUUUGUUCCUAAUCUAAAAACGCCAGAUAUUGAUUGUGGAACAGUAAUCAUUUAAAAAGUUACUUCGUUAUGAUUGUAUAAUAUUUGGACAAAACCAUGUAAUAAAAUAUCGGAUUAUGUUUGUUACCAAUAAA